AUGGCGAACCACUCGAUUGAACUAAAUCACCUAAGCGCGAAGAGAAAUGCCCAGUCCAGCGUCCUCGAUCAGCACUCGCACAGCGCGACCGCGUCUGGUGUUUUCAACGGAGGAGUUUCGACAUCCAGAUCUAGCGGGAAGCGCAUGGAUAGAAGCUUUGGGUCGCUUGCUAUCCUCUCACUAUCGCUGACCGUGCUCUCCUCAUGGGAAUCCGUCGCCAACUCAUUCGAAGCGGGCCUCAUCAAUGGCGGACCCGUCGGUCUUGUCUGGGGCAUGGUGCUCUCAUUGACCGGCACGAUGGCGAUGGUCCUAUCGAUGGCCGAGAUGGCGUCCAUCUGUCCUCUGGCGGGUGCGCAAUACCACUGGACAGCCGUGCUGGCACCUCCACGGAUUCGAAAAUUCAGCACUUGGAUGCAGGGGUGGAUCACCGUAUUCGGAUGGCAGGCCGCGACGACGAGUAUCUGCUACAUAUUAGCAACGCAGAUCCAAGGAAUGGUAUUGCUGAACAAUCCUGGCUAUGUGCCUGCGCAGUGGCACGGGACGCUCUUCAUGUGGGUGAUCGCGGGCCUGUCCAGUCUCGUCAACAUCUAUGGGAUCAAGAUUAUUCCUGCUUUGCAGAUGGUUGGGGGCAUCAUGCACAUCACUUUCUUCAUUGCCCUCAUUGUACCGAUCAUUCUUCUUUCGCGUCGCAGUACCUCGGAAUUCGUCUUCACCGAAUUAUUGACCUCGGACCAGGGAUGGCAGUCGGGUGGGAUUGCCUGGUGUCUGGGCAUGUUGACCGUCACAUAUUGCUUCCUCGGUUUUGAUGGCGCUAUACAUAUGAGCGAGGAAGUACGGAACCCGGCAGUUGUGAUUCCGCGUAUCCUGAUCCAGACCAUUGCCAUAGACGGCGUGAUGGCCUUCGUCUUCCUCAUCGCUAUCCUGUUCUGCAUAGGCAACAUCAACGAAGCUUUGAACCCCACCUAUUUCUUCCCCAUCAUCGGUAUCUUCAAGCAGGCUACUAGAUCUGUUGCAGCCACCACCGCUAUGCAAACGGCCAUCUCCUCCAUUGGCAUGAUCUCAAACGUCGGCGUCGUUGCAUCCGUCUCACGACUGACCUGGGCCUUUGCUCGCGAUGGAGGCCUGCCCUUCUCCUCGUACUUUGCUCACAUCGACCGCCAACAACGCGUACCAAAGCGAGCCAUCCUACUCGUCUUCGCCUCCAUCUUCAUUCUCUCGGUAAUCAACAUCGCCUCGGAGACAGCACUCAGCGCAAUUCUUGCCCUAUCCACCAGCUCUCUUUACGUUUCAUACCUCAUUCCAAUCGUCAUGAUGAUCAUCCGCCGGCUGGACACCAGCCGCGGACCUAUUACAUUCGGCCCCUGGAAUUUAGGGCGCUACGGGAUGGCGAUCAACAUCUUUGCUCUGGUCUUCGGUGUCUUCGUCUGCAUUUUUGUGCCGUUCCCGACUCAGAUUCCCGUCACAGCUGCGAACAUGAACUGGUCGGGUCCUGUUUUCAUUGCCGUAUGUCUACUUCUCUUACUGGACUGGAUUUUCAGGGCUCGAAAGAUCUAUGUUGGCCCGAUGAAGGAUCUUCUGCACUCGAAGCCCAAGGGCAGCUCGGCUUGA